UUUCGUAUAAUUUUUGAUAAUUCCAAUAUGGCUGCGCCCAUAACAUAAUUUUUGAAAUAACCUGUGAUGUGUCAAAUUUUAACAUGGGAAAACAUAAGAAGAGCCGAGCUUCGUCAGAAGAACGAAAAAGCCAUUCCAAAUCUAAAAGUCGAGAUCGAUCUAGUUCUAAAAAGAGAAUCAGAAAACUCUCAAAGUCCAGCCAUAGCUCAACUCCAAGCAGAGAUAAUGCAAGUGAAAGGAAAACUAGAAAAGAACACAAGAAGAGAAGAUACUCAUCUUCCUCAUCAUCCUCUUUUUCCUCAUCAUCCUCUUCUUCAAUCUCAUCUUCUUCCUCAUCAUCAUCCUCUUCUUCAUCCUCAUCAUCAAGAGAAAGAAAAAGGAGAAAGAAGGAAAAGAAAAAGAAGAUGAAACUUAAAAGAAAGAAAAGGCAGGAGAAAAAGAAUGCUAAAUUAAAAGAGAAAUCUGAAAAAAGCAUUGGACCACAGCUUGGCCCAUCUUCCUCUGUACCAGUUUUAAAACCAGACGUUCAAAAAAAGACUUCAGAGGUGGCUAGAGCAAUAGCUAUGCGUCCAAUGACAAAGGAGGAGUGGGAGAAGAAACAGAGCAACAUCAGACACGUGUAUGAUGCUGAGACAGGACGGACAAGGUUAAUUAAAGGGGAUGGUGAAAUCCUGGAAGAAAUUGUCAGCAAGGAAAGACAAAGAGACAUCAACAAGCAAGCCACUAUGGGAGAUGGGACAUACUACGCAAUGAAGAUGGGAACAGCAGAGAAGUAGAAAAACAGCUCAAAGACUGUUUUACAUGUACAAUUAAUAUUCUUGUUAUUCUGAUUUUAAAACGUUCAGUAUGCUGAUUUAAUUUGGUAUGCAUUACAAGAAUAAAUAAUGUGUUAAUGUUUUUAAUAAUUAGAUAUGAAAAUAGACGCAUAUAAAUUGUAUGUUUAUGUUGUUCAAAUGUAAAUAUAUACCGGUAGUUCUGAAAUUUGACAAACUUUGAGAAAAAUUAAUCACACUUAUAUCAAGCAGUUAUUCAAAUAAUUUAAAUAACUCUUUAAGGAUAAGUCUCAGAGUUUGGGUAUUGGAAAAAUACAUCACUUCUUGAAAUGCUAUUUAGAAACAAAAAUGUGUAGAAUGCAUUGUAGUAUUAGUAUAUUAUGUUGUUUGGAUGGUAAAAGAUGGUUAAAUUUCUGGUAAUAUAUGGCUACCAAUGCCAUUAUAUUUAAAGUGUGGUUAGCGGCAGCUACCAUGCCAGUUGUGUAAAACUUGCUUCUUUGUAGCUACCAUGCAUGGUUGUUUUAAACAUUGUUAUUUGUAGCUUUUAUAUUAAAAAGUCAUUAAGUAUUAUAUGCCCUUUUGAAUAUCCUGGGCCUAUCUCACUGUCCGUUAACAAGGUGAGCUGUUUAAUGUGGAAAACUGUUUAAAUACUGUUUAUGUCUGUGGGUAAAUUGUGGGUGAUUAAUGAGUUGUUAUUGUUAAUGCUUAAACGGUUUAAGAUAGUUUACAAUGAGAUGUUAUUGUAAAUGCUUGAACGGUUUAAGAUAGUUUACCAAUUAUAGUUAUUUAUAGAUGUAAACAACAAACUAUUAGUUUACCAAUUACAGUUAUUUAUAGAUGUAUACAACAAACAUGUUAUGUGUUAAAUGUUAUAAGUGGCAAAUUUUGCUGCUUAUUAAUUGAGUCAGGAAUGGCUUAUAACACAAUCUGUAAGUUGCAUCUCUGUUUCACAUUGUGAUUAUCAUAAAAAAAUGUUGAAAAUAUGUAAGUAAAAUGUGGUAAACUCUAGAAAAGGCA